AGCAAUCUCUUGUAGGGAGAAAGAUAUAACCCUACUCUGCUUACGUAUUCAGAUACACCCAACUGAAACCGCACCAAUCUUGUUCAUCAACUGUUUUCUAUAGAUACUUGCAUUGCCAAUGAUGCUGUCGCUUAUUCUUCUGCUACUAUGGGUGUCCGUUGCUGUCCGCGGCAGCUUUCCCAAAGAGCAUUGCGACCGUCUAUUAAUUGUGGAUCUGAACACCGUAAAGGCAAAUUGUAACUCAUACGGUGCGUAUGGAAGAAAGCAUAGCACCUCGGAUUUGAACCGCUGUUAUGCCAAUAGUGCAGACAUGGAGUUCUUAGAGCACAAGUUUUGGGGAUUUGCCUUUGAUAAUGGCUGUAAAGAGUAUGGAAUAACAGAUAAUUUUUUUAUGGCGUGUCAGGGUAAAGAUGGUGACAAGUUUGUCCCGAAAAAGGCAUUUUUGGGUAAGUUCAAUUAGGGAUCAACAGCUGCCACUGGAACCACGACCUCAAACGUGGCAUCCAGCACAGCGUCGACCGUGAACU